AUGGAACUGGAAGUUGAUGAUCAUGAUGUUCUCGCGGUUUUCUUGAUAGUAGACGGACAGGUCCCUUUGAGUCAGGCUACUCUUCUUGACAAGCACGUGCAGCAAAAGAGGUUGCGAGCAGAUGUCGAUCAAGAGCGAAUCAAACCCGCCAGUCAAAUCACUCGAGGACGACAAACUGGACCAUCAUUAACUCUGACUGUACCUCCUGUCAUACCCGCCAGUCCACCUGCGGAUGAAGUGCAAGUGCCUGCAGUCGACUUCUCUCAAUUUAACAAUACCCAGCUAACACACUUACUUUGGGAUGUUGGAGUCAACACGGCUCCGCUCAAUAGAGACGCACUGAUUAGUCAGUGUCAGGCUUACAACGACCUGAUCAUUGUUCCAGCAGAAUUCUUGAGUGAAGUCCCUGUUACGAAUCCGUCAACUCCUUUCGACGAUUCUUCAACCUUCACUGUACAAGUUCCUGUCAGUGGCUCCCAGCUUCAUCCAUCCACAGAACCAACUCUUACAAGUCAAUCAGCGACCUCAAUCGAAUCUUCGGGACCAAUUGAAGAUUCUGACUCAAGUGAUUUAAUUACCGAGGAGGCCCAGGUGGUACAGACCAACUCUGAAGUGCCACGUCCCAUGCAGCCGACAUCAAAGGUCUUAUCAUCGUCUGUCACCUCAACACAACCGACCAAUCUACAAGCAGACAGCGCCUCUUUGGAACCCAUCCCCCGCGUUUCCAGCCGUAGGACGUCUUGCGCUUCUAUUACAAAAGCAACUGUAGGUUCGGAUUCAUCACCCGCUUUGGUUCAAGGCCCAUCAUCAAAAAAAUCCAUCAAAGCGUCAAAAGCAAGACAGCCAUCUUGUACAGGCACAAGCGGCCGGCAUGAUGCUUCAAAGAUCCGACCGAAAGAAUCAACAUCAACUUUGUCUUUGGAUCCAAACAUCUCACAGAAGGGCAAGGGUAGGGAAGGGGUAUCUUCCAUGGACUUGGAGACUUGUUCCACAGUCAAAGACAUGUCGAGUGGUGAUAGUGUUGUGCGCACUCGCGCGUCCAUCAAAUCAUCCACGAAGAAGGACAAUUCAUCGACCACGAAUUCUCCCUCGGCGACUCCUUCCCAAAAUCUUAGUGAUUCUAGAUCAACCUCCAAACUUUCCGCUCCCAUCAUCCCGAGCUUAGAGCACGGCCGUUUGUCUUACCCCCGCCCAAAUCCAACUAUCCGAAAAUUGUCCUCAAAUUUGUCAAAACAGAAGUCAAACAAACAACAGCCGGAUGACGAUAAGGAAAGCGAGUGGGAGCUCAAUAGUAUAUCUGAUGGUCAAUCAGAUAUGUCAUCCAAUCGGUACUCAAAUCGUCAUCACCGCCAGAAAGUCAGUCACCGUCUUAAUCCUGCUUCAUUGGCAAACUCUCCUGCACCCUCAGAAAGGCCUGGAAGAUCCUCAACACACGCAAAGCCUGGUCCUACAACGUCGGGUACCGCCGCUCAUAUUACUGUUGAUGAAAGCAUUCAAGCUGAAGAAUGGACAUUGAGUGAUUUGAAACGCAAGGUUGCCGAAGAUUCAGUUCUCAUUCAGCGCCUUCAGCUUGAAACAAAUGAACUGAAUGAAAAGGUGGAAUCUUUGACCGCAGACUUGAGAUAUUUAUCAAAGACAGUGAGUAGCCUCAAGAUGGAUCAAGGUGAUAGUCCAAAGAAGACACGCGGUGGAUGUACAGCUUCCAACUCUCACUUUGAUGUCCUAUGA